GGCUUUGGGGCAGUGCCUAGACUAAUAUAGUACCGCACCCUCGUAGGCUUUCUGAUCAGCUUCUCAACACGCCUUGCUGGGUCUUUCGUCUUUCCUGUGGCCUCUUCGCCCUGCUGGCACCGGGGCCACCAUGUCAGUCACCCUUCAGUUCAAUGGGCGCUCCCUGAUUUCUCCGCUGGGGAUCAUUCGGUUGUUGGAGAUAUUUUUCUCCUGCGCUGCUUUCAGCUUAGCAGCUGUCUAUGAAAACUACUAUGGAAACUAUGGGGCUUGGUCGAUGUUUACUUGGUGCUUCUGCUUCAUCAUUUCUGUCUUUGUGGUGAUUAUGGAGCUGAUCAGCCUAGACACGGCCCUACCUCUUUCCUGGCAGGACUUCACCUCUGCCUUCUCCAUGCUGGCCACUCUGAUGAUCUUUACGACUUCCAUUGUCUACCCAGCAACCUUCAUACCUCUCUGCAAGAGUUACAACUGUGGUUACCAGAUUGGGGCUACCGUCAUGUCUUGCCUCUGCUUCAUUGCCUACACAGUAGAAGUAGGACUCACCCGGGCCAAAGCAGGGGAGCUCAGUAACUUCCUGAUUACCAUCCCUGGCCUCCUGAAGGUAUUUGAGGCCUACAUAGCUUGUCUUAUCUUCUCCUUGCUGAACAACAUUUCCUAUUACAAGAGUUAUCCUGGUCUGGAAUGGUGUGUGGCCGUCUACUGCAUCUGCUUCAUUCUCACCAUGAUGAUCAUCAUUCUCACCAUUGGACGCUGCCUUGGUUCCCUGCCCAUCCCUGUGGAGAAGACUCUCGUGGCCUACAACAUCUUGGCUGUUCUCAUGUAUCUUACGGUGGUGGUCGUAUGGCCUUUAUACAGCUUUUGGAACAAAUCAAGACCUUCGUGUACUUCUAAUUCCGCGGGCUGCGCCAUGUGGGACAAUCACCUGGGAAUUACCUUUCUCUCCUUCUUCAACCUCAUUGCCUACAUCGUGGACUUCGCCUAUUCUUACAAAAUGGUUUUUGUGACCACACCGGCAUAGAUUGCUCGUGUCCUCAUCUCGCCCACACACACGUGUACAUAUGGAACUAUAUUGGCUUAUGCUGCUGAACAUGGUGAAAUCCAAGAAGCAUGGAUCCAGGAGUAGCGGAGGUUAUUGAUAUCUGAGGUGAUGGUGGUGAUGGUACUUCUAAUCUUAUAAUUACAUGAUUUAAAUUUUGGACUGUUUUAUUUUAUACUUGCGGUUAAGUUGGAUGGAUAGAUCCCAUUUCAUCAAGCGUUGAACCUACCUUCAUUCAUUGCAAGACUUCUAUGAAUUACACCCUGAUUAGAUGUGAGCCCUUCAGGUGUGACUAAAAGUUUGACCCAGGGCCUAAAAAUUCUCCCCAAAUUUUGGAGAAACUAAGAGUGCUUUAGGCUUUCCAACUUCUGUUUUAAAAGCAGUAGCUGUGAGAAGUGAGAAGAUGACGAGCAAAGAAGGAAAAUCAGGACUGGAGAAGAAGUUGAGUCCUCCACCAAAAGAAGACAAUUUUAAUCAUCGCACUGAGCUGAGGACACAAUUUUUGUCCUCAGAUAUGUCCUACAGGAAUGUUUUCUUUGCCUUUGGACAGAAUCUCUUAUUCAAGUUAGAUGAAACAAGAGAUAUCCCCGCAGAAUAUGGAGUGGGAGGGUUAUAUUGCCGUACCGAGCAGUCAGCUAAAACAUGGCUUGUUGGAUUAUGGAUUGCUGAAUAAACCACAGUUGGCAAUAAAAA